AUGAGGCGAAAGGGUGUGGGAAUAAAAGGAGUGAAGAGUUGGAUGGUGGUGUCGGAGACAGGGGAGGCACACCUCGAAGAUGUUGGGAAACACUCCAUAAUGAGGCGAACUGGGUUACCGGCGCGUGAUCUUAGGGUCCUCGAUCCCAUGUUGUCUCACCCUUCUUCCAUCCUUGGACGCGACGCAGCCAUUGUUGUUAACUUGGAACACAUCAAAGCCAUUAUCACUGCCUCCGAGAUCCUCCUCAUCAACUCCUCCAACUCUUUCUUUCUUCGCUUCCUUCAAGAUCUUCACACCCAUCUUCCUAAUUCUCCCACUGACCAAACCCCAUCCUCGAUGAGCAAUGGCAUGGACGGUGGUAAUGAAGAAAAACCUCUACUAAACGACACGCCAAACCUUGAAAUAAGAGCGGAUAACCCUAAGAUCAGUGCAGGGAUUGUAUCAUUAGCACCAGCUCCUAAGCAAUUACCUUUUGAGUUCAGAGCACUUGAAGCAUGUAUCGAAUCUGCUUGCAGGUGCCUAGAAUCUGAGACUUCGGCAUUGGAGAAAGAGGCUUACCCGGCUUUAGAUGAACUGACCUCUAAACUUAGCACACUCAAUCUUGAACGCGUAAGACAAAUUAAGAGUCGUUUGGUUGCACUUUCUGGCCGCGUGCAAAAGGUAGCAGAUCAACUAGAACAUUUGCUGGACGAUGAUAACGACAUGGCUGAAAUGUACUUGACACGAAAGCUUAAUGCCAGCUCAUUGGAUGAGGCAUCGUGCAAAGAAGGAUACGAUUAUGAAUUUGAAGAACACGAUCAAAGAUCCGAAUCUGUUUGUAGCGAUGAAUCAAAUUCAGAAAAUUUAGACAAAUUCCACGGUCCUAAACUUGACGUUGAGGAAUUGGAGAUGCUUCUGGAAGCAUAUUUUGCACAGACAAAUGGAAUUUUACAAAAAUUGUCUAGUUUGAGGGAGUACGUGGAUGAUACAGAAGACUACAUCAACAUAAUGUUGGAUGAUAAGCAAAAUCAGCUUUUACAGGUAGCAAUAAUAUUCAACACACUAAACAUGAUAGUUAAUGGCGGUAUUGUAGUUACAGGAUUGUUUGGGAUGAAUAUUCACAUCGACCUCUUUGAUGGUCAACCUCAUCAGUUUUGGGCUACAACUGGCGGUGCAUUCGCAGGCUGUAUGUUCAUUUUCCUUUGCUCUGAUAACAAUUUCAAAAUUGCUAUGCUCAAGGUAAACAAAUUUUGA